UCACUUCCUUCAGAGUUUGGGAAAAAAAAAAAAAAUCUGGGUACGCGAGGAAUUGGGCUGAGCCGCGCUUGGGGAGCGAGCGGACCUUCUGCCGAGACUGCCAGUUCAGACGGGUGGCCCCGCGCGCCAACCCCAAUGGAGAUGUGGCCUCGUCUUGGGGCCACCUGUUUGCUGGGCUUCAGUUUCCUGCUUCUCGUCACCCCUGAUGGACACAUUGGGCUUGGAAAGGGUUUUGGAGACCAUAUUCAUUGGAGGACACUAGACGAUGGGAAGAAAGAAGCAGCUGCCAGCGGAUUGCCCCUGAUGGUGAUUAUCCAUAAGUCUUGGUGUGGCGCUUGCAAAGCUUUAAAGCCAAAAUUUGCAGAAUCUAAAGAAAUUUCAGAACUUGCCCAUAAUUUUGUUAUGGUAAAUCUUGAGGAUGAAGAAGAGCCCAGGGAUGAAGAUUUCAAUCCUGAUGGCGGUUAUAUUCCACGAAUCCUUUUCUUGGAUCCCAGUGGCAAGGUGCAUCCUGAAAUCAUCAAUGAGAAUGGGAACCCCAGCUACAAGUAUUUCUACGUCAGUGCUGAGCAAGUUGUUCAGGGAAUGAAGGAAGCUCAGGAAAAGCUGACAGGUGAUGCCUUCAGACUGAAACAUCUUGAAGACGAGUUGUAAUACAAAUGUAGCCCUUUCAUUAAAGUCAGUGUUCUAGAAGGAAAGCAGCAAGGGAAGGAAUAUUCAGGAAUCACCCAGAACAAUUAAACCAGCCAGGAAACCUUGCUUCUACCUACACUGGAAGCAGCUCUCUCACUGUGGAAGAAGUUUGCUAACAGAAGCUGGUCGGCAUAUGUGUGGAUCUAGCAGCGUCGCAGACUUCCUUCUCCUGCUACCUAUCACCUAAAUGUCCAUUUGUCUUUGAAUGUUAAGAAUAAAACCUUAUGACACAAAACUUGAGCCACUUGGAGAUUUACUCCUCAAAUUUCAAUAUUUGAGUCUUUUCCCAGUUUCUCCUGGUUUACUCACCUUACUGAUGAAAGAAGACCAGUAGCAUCUUUUCUACAAUAUUCACAUUGCAAGAAUAGCUUAAAUUAAAAAAAAACAAAAAACACUUAAAGUCCUAAACAAUAAAUUGGUAAUUCUACCACUCAUCAAGGAGACAAGCCUGUUUUUCCUCUUUUUCUCCUGGGAAUAAUCUUGGAGUUCUUCCUGAGUCGCCAUGACCUUCUUCCUCUGUGCUCAGCUUCCCCUGUUUGCACACGUGUGUGUGGGAAUGGCUAUGUGCUUGGACUCAGCCCCAGCUGGAAGUGUGCUUUCCCUGAUUCCAACGGAGAAACUGUAACAACCUUCAAGCCCUACAUGGAGCCAUUUUUGUCAAGUCAUCAAUUGUAUUUUUGUACCGGGGUUAACAAAAAAAUAUAUUAAUUGUUCCAUUAAACUUUAGUAAAACUUUAAAAA